GUUGGUGCUCUCUGGGGGAGAGGAUGUCUUUGUCAGAAAGAGUUCCCAUGGAAAAAGGAGAGACAAAGGAUUUCCUCAAACUGAUCGUGAAGGAACAAAGUGCAAGAAUAGGGAGUGAGAGCUUCAGUUCCCCUUGUGGCUCUUUGACAGCUGACCAAUUGGAAUCAGGUGUUGAAACCAUAGCUAUCAGCAACAUGGCAGCAAAAACACCUUUGAGUAACAAUCUCCGAGAGCGGCUGAAGAAAUCACGGCGUUCUUUUAACUCCCCAUUCAUCGUACCAAAGCGGUUGAAGAUUGACAGCCAGAGUGAAGGUGGUGGAAAAGCAGACCCUGGCACUGAGGCUGGUGACAGCCAGCUCCCUAAUGAUACUUGUUCUGCACAGAAUGGUGUGACUACAGAAACAGAAAAUCUUUGCGAAAGGAUGAUGAAUCAGCAGCCAGAUACAAGUGCAGUGGGCAGGAAUGAGGCAUCUCUGGGAGUCCAGCAUGCAACUGAACACCACAUCCAGACUCCUGCCAAGUCCCCAAAUCCGAUCCCUGAAAAGCAGCAACUUCUUGAGGAGAAAGAACAAUUACAGAGAGAAGUGAGAGAGAAAGAGGAACUUCUUCGUCGUUUGAAAAUGGUUCAGAUGUACAGAACAAAGAAUAACCUGGCAGAACUAGGAUCUCUGAUUCAGAAAUGGAGGAAGAGCAGCCAGGCCUUGCUGUAUGAACUUCAAAUGGCCCUUUGCAGUGAUUCAAAACUGACUUUGACCCAGCUGAUAGACAGUCUGGCAAUAGAGGAUAGACUCCUGCAUUACAAUAGACAUGAGGAAGAUUUCAUAGAUGGAUGAGAUGAUCACUCCUGUGCUGAGAAUCAGCAGCCUUAUUCGCAACAAUGCAUUAGCCAAUUCUUUGCAGUCAAUUUUCUAGAAGACAUUGUUUUUUUGUAAAGAUUUUGCUCUGCUGGAUUACAUGAUGUCUUUAAAUUCCUGAAGUUGUUUGCUGCUAUUUCCUCUAUUGAGGAAGGAUACAACACCAUGGGCUGAUCCACUCUGUCUGCAGCCAUCAUUAAUGCUACUGUAAUUUUCUGUCACCUUGCUCCCUGGACUAAUUCUUUUAUCCUGUCAAGGAUGGAACAAUAAACAUGCAAAAAAAUGUGCGAGUGCUUUGAGAAGAGGAAGUGGGUAUUGACAGCAAAGGAGGAAUAAAGGCAAAGUAAAAAGAUUUGUAAUCUAUUCCAAACCAGAGCAAAAUGCUGCAGUUUCUGCAAACCUGAAACAAAGAUAAAUACUGGAAAUAUACAGCGGCUCGAGAACUGUGUGGAAAGGGAAACAGAGUUAAUGUUUCAGAACACUUCAAUAUAAUCCAGGCUGUGGUUUUUAUAUUACUGUUUCUUGUAGUAUGGUUCAGUAAACAAGUGGAAUAAUUCAAGUGCUACUUCUAUGCCAACAUUCAGAGACAGCUGAACACUGAGAAAAAACAUUUAUUUUUUAUGAAUACAAAUUUUAAAUUAAUCCAGCCAAACGAUUGUGUUUUCUACAUUAAAGUCUCAUGGAAAAAUUACAUAUUUAACUCUGCUAUUUAUCUUAGUCCAAACCAAUGGCUUUAAAUGUAGGGGUAUUGCUCUGUUUCCGCCAGGAUUGGAAAGCUUUUCAUGCGUUGUCUUUCCAACUCGUUUCUCAGGAUAGCAAUAUCUUCGGCCUGGGAUCGACUCAGUUCCAUCAGACGGUUGCGCUGCAUCAAGUCCCUGAAACGAUUGCGACUGUCUUCUUCGGAUUCAACUGGUGCUAAUGGGGAAAGAAAAAUUAGCAUCUCCCAGGGAAUUUUGAAAUUCAAUUUGUGUCAUUUGGGAAUUGCAAAUAGCUAGC